AGUUUGAAGAAUCACAAUGUCACCUUCAACGUGGGUUCCAAUUCUGUUCCUAGGCGCUGCAUUCAUCCCUCCAAUUAGGUUCUUCAAGAGCGCUUUGAUAACCAGACGAUAACUCUAAAACUGGCCAAGGAGCAUUGUGGUGAUCUGCAAGUGCGUUACUCUUUGUCACGGACGAUGAAAUAUCCGACGAUAUUCACCAGGAGCGCGUAAUGACAUUGACGGCAAAACUUGAAGGGGUCGCCACGUCUGCACGGUUAGAUCUUGCACACCUUCAAGAGCAAAAAGGAGUGCUCGAAUCAUCGAUCCAAGAUCAGAAGACAUUGCUUGAAAAGACGCUCCAGAACCAGAAGGAACUGCUUGAGAAGACGCUCCGCGAUCAUAGCAGCCAUCUUGAGCGAUCACUACAAGAGCAGAGGGCAUCUUACGAGUCCAAGUUGCAGGAACAGAAAAAUAUCUCGGAAAAAAUUGCCGCUGAUCAACAGGCUCUCUUUGACAGGAACCUUGAAGACCAAAAAGCGGCGUUUGAUACUACUGUCAAGCAUUUACAUGACCAGAAGUUAUCCUUGGACAAUUCUUUCGCAGGCCUUCAGGCGGACAUGAAGGCCCAGCAAGAAGCAGCAACCGCCCUGAAGAUCGACGUGGCCAGGCUUGAGGAGAGGUGCGAACAACAAAUCAAAUCCGAAGCUCAGAAACUACAAGCCGCGAACACGGAGCGUCAUGAAGCACUGAAGCUUGCACAGCAGAAACAAAGUAUGUUGGACAGCCUGGCUAGCGAGUGCGAAACGGCGAAGAAGGAUGCUCAAAAAGCUCGGUCCGAACUGGAGAGAGGCCUUCGAGAAGCAAAAACGCUGACGAAUCAGACGCAAGAGCUGCAAGAAGAACUGGAGUACCUCCGCGACAGGGAAAUGACUAUGCCAAAGCGAUAUGAGGCUGGCAAAUUGAGCGACGUCGAGAAGUCAUUUGUACAAUCUGUCAUUCAGAUGUAUAGGGCGACCUGCGAGCAAGACAUCGUCAACAAAGAAAACGACUUGCGAUCGAGAGACAAUAUGAUCGUUUCGUUACAAUCCAAAAUCGCUUCCUUGGAGUCGAACCUUGCGAAAUGCUUAAAGGAAUCUGGCACGAAGUCUAUGAUGGACCUAAACGUGUGGAUGUCGAGUCCAUUAACGCAGCAGCCGGAAGACGAGAUCCUUCCGCAAUCAGCCGCUCGAACCCCCGACCCUGUAUCGCCCACACCAUUUGCUACUCUCGCUGCCGAUGACGAUGACGAUAUCUUUGAAGAAGAAAAACAGCCGUCUGCCUUGGGUAAGCGAGACCGACCCCACUCGCCUAUGACGAAAUCCGACGAUAAUCAACGCCCUGCUCGGAGACCGAAGUCAAGUGCUCCCCGUAAAAUCCUGGGAGCUGAUAAGAAGGCUAGUGAACCGACAACCAAGAUCAAGCCACGAAAACGACGUUGAUGACACUGCUUUGCUGCUCGUAAUUCCUGUUUCUUGGUUGGAUUCUUCUGAGCAACUACUGAGAUUCUUUCUUGCUUUCCUUCUUGUUAUACCUGGCUCGCAUUGACUUGGUUACAAUGGCUGUUCUACUCCUCUGGCCCUAAAUUGCUGGUUGUAACGGUGCCUGGCUUCUCACCUCAUUCUAUAAGUAUCUACUUUGGGAUUGCGGAUGCACGGAGAACAUUAAUUUGUAUUCAAGCAUUUUUGGUCGCUCGUAGCUCCAUUAUGCCAACCUUAUACUGUACCACCACACAUUACAGUUGACGUAAUAAAUUCACUUCAAAUCCAGUCGAUCUUGCCUUGCUUCAGGCUU